CAGCACAUACAGACACCCCACCAACACCAUUCCAUCAAGGGACAGACCUCCCUUAUCUUUCUGGGAAUUUUCUGUCCUCCCCACCCCCAGUUCCUGGGCAGAUCUCCAAGGUUUCCUGUGCCCUGUGCUAUUUCUUUAUGCAUUUUUUUCUCCUCUCUGACUCAGGCCAGUCUUGCUAUACAUUCAUGUCCAGGCAGCAUCUGCCCUGCCCCAUGCACUGGGAGGGGUUGUAUAGAAAGUAUAGAAAGGCCUAGAGCAGCAUCAGAGGUGUUGCGGAAGCUUGCUGCUAAGGAAGCCUGUGGCAGAAGGGAAGUGGCUGUAUCUGCUGCAGAGCUGUUUACCUUGCUUCUGCCUCCAAAGCGGACCUACAGCCUGCCAGCCCUGUCCGCCUGCCCACCAUGAUGAAGAGAGGCUUCCAGGUGGCAGCAAGACUCGGCCACCACAGAGCCCUCCUCAGAGGACCCCGCAUUCCACCCAGACUUGACCCUGCCUCAGCCUUCGCAUCCUCCACAGAUGUCCUGGUCUCAAGAUUCUGUCCAGAGAAGACAGAUUUUAAGGAUUAUGCCCUUCCCAAUGCCAGCUGGGGUCCAGACAUGCUGAGUAUGUACCAAGAACUUCUGGAGAAGACCAAGACCGAUGGCUGGAUCAAACUGCCCUCCUUCAAGUCCAACAGGGACCACAUCCAGGGACUCAAGCUGCCGUGGGGGUUGGACGUUAAAACAGACCACAAAGACUGGCGCAUCUUCACCAGGUGCAUCCAGAUGGAAGGACAAGGCUACGAGUACGUUAUCUUUUUCCACCCAUCUGUGAAGAAGUCUGUCUGCCUAUUCCAGCCAGGCCCCUACCUGGAAGGGGCCCCCGGGUUUGCCCACGGAGGGUCCCUGGUAGCCCUGAUGGACGAGACAUUUUCUAAAACUGCCUACUUGGCUGGAGAAGGGCUGUUCACAGUAAGCCUCAAUGUCAGGUUCAAAAACCUGAUCCCUGUGAACUCCCUUGCUGUACUGAAUGUGGAAGUGGAGAAGAUUGAAGACCAAAAGAUUUACAUGUCCUGCAUUGCCCAGAGCAGGGACCAGCAGACUGUCUAUGCCAAGUGCUCAGGUGUCUUCCUUCAACUGCAGCUGGAAGAGGAGUCGCCCUAGUGACUGUCUUUAUGCCUUCAGGAGAGCAGACUGCUGGGACCCACCACAGUGCAGGGAGGGGUGCUCACUGACUGAGCUGUGAGGGAGUGGGCAUUUUGAGUCAAUAAAGUCUCACAGCCCCAUACUCAUCCAAGACCCUUCUGUAGUUGGAAAUCAAACCCCCACAUCCCUCUUCCCAUUCAGCAUCAAGAAAGAGAUGACAAAGCACCUGCC